GCUCGGCCGUGGCUGUCAAUGGGAGCGGGCGGGCGGCGGGGCUGAGCUCGGCCGUGCCGCGGAGAUGUCGCAGGCUCCGCCGGGCGCGGGGCAGCUCAAUGAGCUGCCCGACCACUCUCCGCAGGUGCUCGCUGCCGUGUCCGAGCUGCGGCGGCGGGCGGAGGCAGAGCCCGGCCAGCGCUGGCCGCAGCCCCUCUCCGAUGCCUUCCUGGUGCGGUUCCUGCGCGCCCGAGACUUCCACCCGGAGCUGGCCUGGAGGUUAUUGAAGAAUUAUCAGAAGUGGAGAAUUGAAUGCCCAGAAAUAAGCGCAGAUUUACAACCAUCUUCUGUUCUUGGUCUUUUGCAAGCUGGCUAUCAUGGAGUCCUAAGAUCAAGAGACCCACAUGGAAGCAAAGUUCUAAUAUACAGAAUUGGACAAUGGGAUCCCAGUUUAUUUACAGCAUACGAUGUGUUUCGUGUAAGUCUCAUCACAUCUGAACUCAUUGUAAAGGAGAUCGAGACGCAGCGAAAUGGAGUCAAAGCCAUCUUUGACCUUCAAGGGUGGAGAUUUGCUCAUGCUUUUCAAAUCAGUCCAGCAGUGGCCAAGAAAAUUGCAGCUGUUCUCACAGAUUCCUUUCCACUGAAAGUUCGAGGUAUCCACUUGAUUAAUGAGCCUUUAUUCUUCCACCCAGUCUUUGCUCUAAUUAAGCCUUUUCUCACUGAAAAAAUAAAGCAACGGGUGUACAUGCAUGGAAAUAACUACUUGCAGAGUCUGACAGAACACUUCCCCAUCAGCAUUCUCCCACAGGAGUAUGGAGGAGAGGAAGUCUCCUUUGAAGAGCUGGCCAAGGAAUGGACUGACUUCAUAAUGGCAUCUUCAGAUUAUCUUCAAAGCAUUUCUCUGGUUGCCUGGGAAUAACCUUGAUACAGUAUUUUAUCAGUUCUUGAACACUGAAAUUGGAAAUAAGUUUAAUAUGAAAACUUCCAUUUGUGAAUGAAAUUACUAUGUCUUUGCAGGGCACUCACUGAAUGUUAUAUUGGCUGCACUUCAAUACUAACUGGAGUGUAUCAGUUUGUAUGUCUGAAGAGAUUAAUGAAUGUUACAUAUUUGUUGCACUGUUUGUAAUUGAGUAACUUGUAUGCCAGGAAGCCGAAGCGUGCAUUAGAUGUGAGAUUGAUACUGCUGCUGUUAGGUCUUUGGAGAUAACUCAUCUGUAAUAAUGCAGUGCAGAACCUUAUGCUUAGCUCUUGUACCUAGGCUUGUCAAGAUAAUAGGAUGCAAAACAAAGAACAGACUGUGAAUAGGGUGGAGUAGUUUGUUGCAGAAACAAAACUAUGGGGCUAAUUUACAAAGAGUGAAGAGGCUGCUUUUUGGAUUGCUUCUCAGGGAAAAAUGCUGUUUUGUUAGUUUGUAUCAAAUUGGAAAUUAGUCAUCAAUAGUGAGACAUUUGUGUUUCUCUGUGCUGCUUGUGCAGCUUCCCUUUUUGUGCUAAUUAACAGAGUAGUCUUCAAGUUUUACAGAGAGAACACCAUGUAUGUAUCUUUCAAAGGACAGUGUGAAUCAGGGGGAGGAACUGGUAAGAGUCAACAACCUUGAAAAUUCUUACUUUCUUUCUUCAAAGUCAUACUGUCUACAACUAUAAACAACUCAGAUUAUUAUCCUUUAAUCCCUGGAGUGGAGGACUACAGAGGUCAAAAGUUUUCAGCUGUUUGCAUUAUCUGUUUGUUUCAGGGGGUAAAGUAGGUUAUCCUUUGCAGAUCUGAACUUUAGAAAUAUCUGUUGUAUGUUUUAAGGGUGCUUUGAGGUCACUGGACUUCAGCAUAGGAGAUGCUUGGUAUCGUCAUUCUAUUUUCAGUACAGUAGUUGACAAUUUGCCAGUCUGUUUGCUGCUGGGCGCUGAAAGAAAUUAUUUUUAAUUUCCAUUGAGACUACAUCUUCAUUUAUCUAGGGGUACUUAAAAAAAAAUCUCCAUACUUACUGAAAACAGGUUUUUGUUUUGUUUUGAAGGCGCAUUGUUGGCAUAUGAAUACUGCAUGUGUAAAAGCUAUCACUCACACUACACAGCAGUAUUAUGCUGUAAUCCCCUGUAUUUAGUAAUCUCAACCAUUAUUUUACUUUUCUCUCAUCUUUUUCCUAAAAUCUGUUAGUACACCAACUGCUUUACCAGUUUGGUUUACUACUUUCUUAACUCAGUUUUGUUUUUGCAUAAGCACUAUAUAUUUAAGCAUUCCAUAUGAAUUUUCCUAUAAAUAAUUCUAUAAAAAAUGCUUUUAUCUCAGGUAGUUAGAAAUCGUAACUUCAGUUGUUUUGUAAUCUUUAGGGUAUUGGGAUAGUAUAUAGGCAUAGGGGACACAAAUGAAACUAUCCUAUUGUAUUAGAAAUAUCUUACUUUAGAUUAUGAUUAAUAAGGCAUUAUUGCAAGAGUCAUUGGAAACUAUUCUUUAUUAGCAAGAGGAUCAUCUGUGAAAGACCCAUUAGAGUACUUGUUGAUUGUAGUUUCUUCUUCUGUGGUAAGAUCAAUGCCAGAAAUUCUUUCAAAACUGAGAAUGUCUUUUUUUUUUUUUUUUAUUUCCAAUUUCUGAAUUUCCUCAAGUGCCUUUUAAAUUUUUCUCAUUCAAAAUAUUUUUGAUAUGGGGCCUAAAUUUAAAGAAAACUAUUUUCAGAUAUAUAUGAUUCUAUGAAAAUGUAUUUCGUAUAUAUUUCUUUUUCUCAGAUUGAACUAUUUUGUGAUACAAAAGCUCCUUAAAUAGAGGAGUUCAAUGAACUGCAAAUUCUUCUUUAUAAGAAAAUAGACUAAGUAGUCAGGUAUCUGGCAAUUGUUCAAGUGUGUAACUCAAGUUCCAAGUAAUUUACCAGCUGGAGAACUGAAGCUAUUGUCUUAAUAUUACAGUCCUUCAAUUUUAAUUAGUGAAUGUAAACUGAACAAAGGAACCAUGUUUCAGUGAACAAGAAAAUUUAACUUUUCCUAUGAAACCAAUCUCUGAUUGCUACUGGUUUAUGUAGCAGAAACCUCAUUUGAUUGCAUGUGUAUAUGCAUAUGCAUUUUUAGCUGGGGCUUUUUAGUCUUUAUUUGAACUUCACCAGCUCUAUGAAUAUAAAGCCCUAAAUGUCAUCAAAAAUACCCUGAUCCUGUUAUUAAGUGAUAGCGUGUUUGCAUAACUCAACAGUUAGAGCACUGAGUGCAGUUAUUUUUUCCUGAACUGUUAAUUAUUUUUUAAUGUUUACAUAUUAUAUAGGAGGUGGGAACUCUUAAUUGCCGUUGCUGCUAAUAAUAAGGACACGGGAUAAUUAGAGCAUUUACAUAAUGAAUAGUGGCGAUAUAUUGGUAUGAUGCGCGGUGGUAUUGCAGCUUUGCGCAGCAGCCAACAAAAAGAUCCCUAAGUGCGUUAUUCUUCAUAAACAUCGGGAGUGCCUCUAAAAAAAUUAAAAGUUCCUGCUAAACGGUGCAAAUAUAAUUUACUACUGACUGUAAGCGUGAUGUAAUGCACAAUUUUUAAAAUAUUUCUCUCUUUUUUUAAUGUAUUAGCUCAUGUUGUAAUUAAUAAACCCUUUCUGGCUGAA